GCGGGCGGCCCCAUGCCCCGCCGCACACGGAGCCCCCCCCGCGGCGCGGCCCAGCCGGGCGGCGGCUCCCGCCUGGGAAACUGGCUCAAAGAGUUGCUAUGAAGUGCCCUGGACCUCCAGAGAGCUCGAGACUUGCCUGCUUCCUGGAAAAUGCCUUAGCCAGAGAGACUAGGAUUUGGAAAGUGCCAGUUUUCCACCACCUCACCCUGAAGGGUACAGAUAUCUCUCCGUCAUGUUACGAGAAAACAGUUCUCUGGAUUGCAGAAAUCAGCUCUCAGUUCCAGUUCUGCCCCGAAACAUUCGCCUUAGCUGUCAGCAUCCUCAACCGGUUAUUGGCGUCGGUAAAGGCCCAAUUAAAAUAUCUUCAGUGCAUAGCAAUUUCCUGCCUUGUCCUCGCAGCAAAAACCAACGAAGAAGAUGAGGUAAUACCAUCGGUGAAGAUGCUCGCAGUGCAGAGUGGUUGUAAACGCUCUCCAGCUGAGAUCUUGAGAAUGGAAAGAAUUAUACUAGAUAAGCUUCACUGGGAUCUUUACACGGCAACACCAAUGGAUUUCUUAAACAUUGUAAGCACUAAGUUUUGAUUUUUUUUGUUUAAAGAAACAGCUUAUCAAAUAAUACUAGAAAACACGUAUGCACGCACGUACACACCCACACAUCCUUCCCCCAGUGCUUUGCAAACUGCCAGCUCUUAGCUAUCUGCAAGCCUUUUGACGAAUGCUACAGUGAUUUUUUAUUAUUAUUCUUUUUUAAAUUAACUGCUAUUUAAAACCUUUCAUUUUGCUCAAAAAAAUUACUCCCAUCUUUAAAGGACAACUAAAACGGACAUUAAAAAGAUUCCUGUAAAGCACAACUAUACGCCGUUUUUAUUUUUUUUAAAUACACACUGCAAAAAUAUUUCUAACUAUCUCCAUUCUAUUAAUACUGUACAUAGAAAGCUGUCAGUUUUGCUACAUUUCACACACAGGUUUUUCUUAAACCAUUUUCCUUUUCAUUCCACUGAUAAUUCACCCUUGUUUUAUGCAAUUAGACCACCCCAACCUGGCACUUAGUUCCCCUUGCAGUUACUAAAUAUUUGAUAGAAACAAUUAAACUUUGUCUUCAAGAAACGAUCAUGUGCUAGUAAGGCAAAAAUCAUGUCAUACAAACAUCCUGGAUCCCUUUUAUAAGGUUAUGUGCAAAUAUUAAGCCAUCUUAGGCUGCUGAUUGUAAAAACUGCCUUUCUUAGGUGCUUGUUUCCUCACGGAAUUCAGAGUACAUUGUCACUGGUUUUACUCUACGCAUGUCUGCUGGUCUGAACUGAAUCUCCAAGAUAGCAAUCUGGAUAACAUAGAAACUUCAGAAGUUGUUAGGAAACACAGACCUUUUACAUUCAUUAUAAGCUGAAAAACAGUUCAGUGGUUGGCAAGUACAAACACAAAACACAAAAAAAAA